AUGGCUCGUGGAACGCGUGUACUCCUUCUAGCAAUCCUUACGAUACUCACCAUCUGGUUGCUUCUCACCGCGCGCAACUUCGUCCCGUCACCUCAACACCAGGCUUUGGCCCCAGCAAAUGCAACUCUUGGCUUCGGCACCAUCCUAGCCGUUUCCCGCCCGCACUCCCGACGCCGCCCAGGACUCCUCUGGGCAGCAAACCUGACUGACGUUGAGAUCGUCAUACCUUCCCAGCCAGUAUGGUCAGACGCUGAUCUCGAUGCGCUCCUUCACGAGUCAGAAUCCGCGAUCUCAAAGGGAAGUGCAAGGGCGUGGCUCGGGCACCUCAACGCCCUGCGAUCGUUCCUUGAGACUGACAAAGUAACUGCACUCAUCAUUGAAGACGACGUAGACUUCGACAUCAGCAUCCGCAGUCACCAGAUCCCUCUGCUUGCCUCCAGCAUCCGCGCUCUACUCCGCAAUGCGUCGGCCGUCCACACAGCACCCUACUGGGGUGACGACAAAGACUGGGAUCUGCUGUACCCAGGCCAUUGCGAUGACGCGCUCCCAACCGAAGCGAAUCCACUCCUCUCACAUGCUCACCUAAUGUAUACCGACACUACAGUCCCGUUCCACUCGCUCUUGCACCCAGACACGUCUAACUUUCUUGCCUCCAUGCGCAUUCCGGAAUCCACACGCCUGGUUCACCGUUCGUUUGCGCCGUUCUGCACGUUCGCGUAUGCGGUGACUCGGCGGGCUGCUGAGCGGUUCGUGAGUGAGUACACGACGGCGAAGCAUGGUGCGGAUGCGUUCGACGUGCAGCUGUUGAUGGCAUGUCGCAACGGACUACAGUGCUUCAGCGUGGCCCCGGAGCUAUUUCACCAUAUUGACGGGGCCAGUGUGAUUGCGUCAGUGAACACUGGUGUAGACGAAGGGGUGAGUGAGUUUGGAGGCUACGAGAUGGCGAGGUUGGGGAAGGGGUCGUGGAAUGUGCGGUGUGGAGCUCGGCACAGGCAGUUGUGGAUCGACGAGAAGGACGGUAGUGCCAGGGAGGAGGCAAAGAGUAUGGUAAGGGGGAUGCUAGGACGAGGAGAGGCAGAGUGCCCGAUUGAUUUGGUCAGAGCGGAAAGGAGCUGGAAAGGGUGCGAGUGGGGCGAAUGCGGAGCGCAAUCAUAA